GACUUGCCGGUGCAUUUGAACGCUCACUCCCAAACCGCCUCGCAGUCGAUCCUCCUCACAAACUCACGCCGUGUGAUAUAAAUCUCCAAACAUCUCUUCAAAACUUGUAGUUUCCAUUCCAAUCUCGCCGCUCAAGGAUUUUAUAUCCGGAUACUGGUUUUUUCUAGCGUGGUUUCGUUGAAUGGAAUCGAGACCUGGUUUGUACAACUAUUUGUCGAUUUAUAAGGGUUUGUCGAACUAGACUUGGUUGAUUAGAGAUGGCACAUUUAGGUGGUGGUGCUGAGGCGCAUGCCCGGUUUAAACAGUAUGAAUACAGAGCCAACUCGAGCCUUGUGUUGACAACUGAUUCUCGGCCAAGAGAUACGCAUGAGCCAACUGGGGAGCCUGAGUCUUUGUAUGGGAAGAUAGACCCCAAGAGUUUUGGUGACCGUGCUUACAGAGGGAGACCUGCAGAGUUGGAUGAGAAAAUCACCAAGUCCAAGAAGAAGAAGGAACGUGAACCAUCAUCACUUGCUUCUGCUGAAGCUGGGAAUAACAGACAGAGCAAGAGGCGGCGUCUUCAAGAAGAGAGUGUCCUUACAUCAACAGAGGAAGGUGUUUAUCAGCCAAAGACGAAAGAAACUCGAGCUGCAUAUGAGGCAAUGCUUAGUGUCAUACAGACACAAUUGGGUGGUCAGCCUUUGAAUAUUGUCAGUGGUGCUGCAGAUGAGAUAUUGGCUGUGCUGAAGAAUGAUACUUUGAAGAACCCGGACAAGAAGAAGGAUAUUGAGAAAUUGCUAAACCCUAUACCGAGCCAGGUGUUUGACCAGUUAGUCUCUAUUGGGAGGCUUAUAACAGAUUUUCAAGAUGCAGGCGGUGAUGCUGCUGGUUCUAAUGCUGCAAAUGGUGAAGAUGCUCUUGAUGAUGAUGUUGGUGUAGCUGUUGAAUUUGAAGAGAAUGAAGAGGAUGAUGAAGAGAGCGAUCUUGAUAUUGUACAGGAAGAUGAUGACGAGGAAGAAGAUGAUGUUUUGGACAGAGAUGGGAACAAUGCUAUGCAAAUGGGUGGGGGUAUGGAUGAUGACGACUCACAAGAAGCUAAUGAGGGUAUGACGCUUAAUGUACAGGACAUUGAUGCUUAUUGGCUUCAGAGGAAGAUCUCCCAGGCUUAUGAGCAGCAGAUUGAUCCACAGCAAAGCCAGAAGCUUGCUGAAGAGGUACUGAAGAUUCUUGAAGAAGGUGAUGACCGUGAAGUCGAAACGAAGCUAUUGGUGCAUCUUCAGUUUGAUAAGUUCAGUCUGAUAAAGUACCUUUUGAGGAACAGACUGAAGAUUGUGUGGUGUACCCGUCUUGCAAGGGCUGAAGAUCAAGAACAAAGGAAGCAAAUUGAAGAACAAAUGAUGGGACUGGGGCCUGAUUUGGCUGCAAUAUUGGAACAACUGCAUGCCACAAGGGCAACAGCAAAAGAGAGGCAGAAGAACUUGGAGAAAAGCAUAAGAGAAGAAGCAAGGCGGUUGAAGGAUGAGAGUGGUGGUGGAAAUGGUGAUCGUGGUCGAAGGGAUGUUGUUGACAGGGAUGCUGAGAACGGUUGGUUAAAUGGUCAAAGACAGUUGCUUGAUCUUGAGAGCAUUGCGUUUCAGCAAGGUGGACUUUUGAUGGCAAAUAAGAAGUGUGAGCUUCCUUUAGGCUCUUACAGAAAUCACAGCAAGGGGUACGAAGAGGUUCAUGUGCCAGCAUUGAAACCCAAACCACUUGCUCCUGAUGAGAAGCUUGUAAAGAUCUCUACCAUGCCAAGCUGGGCACAACCAGCUUUUGAGGGGAUGAAUCAGUUAAAUAGGGUUCAGAGUAAAGUUUAUGAGACAGCUCUGUUCAAAGCAGACAAUCUUUUACUCUGUGCCCCCACUGGAGCAGGGAAGACCAAUGUUGCUAUGCUCACAAUUCUGCAACAGAUAGGUUUGCAUAUGAAUGAGGAUGGUACGUUCAACCACAAUGACUACAAGAUUGUCUAUGUGGCACCAAUGAAAGCCCUUGUUGCUGAAGUUGUUGGUAACCUGUCCAAUCGUUUGAAGCACUAUGGUGUCACUGUGAUGGAGUUGAGUGGAGAUCAGUCUUUGACCCGUCAACAAAUUGAAGAAACACAAAUCAUUGUCACCACUCCAGAAAAAUGGGAUAUUAUCACUAGAAAAUCCGGAGAUCGGACUUACACUCAACUUGUUAAGCUUCUAAUUAUUGAUGAAAUUCAUCUUCUGCAUGAUAACAGAGGACCUGUUCUGGAGAGUAUUGUGGCAAGAACUGUUAGACAAAUUGAGACCACAAAGGAACAUAUUCGGUUGGUUGGGCUAUCUGCAACACUUCCCAAUUAUGAUGAUGUUGCGUUAUUUAUGCGAGUUGACUUGGAGAAAGGCCUGUUUCAUUUUGACAAUAGUUACAGACCUUGUCCACUUGCUCAACAAUAUAUUGGAAUCACAGUAAAGAAGCCAUUGCAGAGAUUUCAGUUGAUGAAUGAUAUUUGUUAUGAAAAGGUGAUUGGAGUGGCUGGAAAGCAUCAGGUGCUUAUAUUUGUGCAUUCACGGAAAGAGACAACAAAGACUGCACGGGCAAUUAGAGACACAGCUCUUGCGAAUGACACCCUGGGGAUCUUUUUGAAAGAAGAUAGUGCAAGUCGUGAAAUUCUCCAUGAACAUACUGAGCUGGUGAAAAGCAAUGAUCUUAAGGAUCUGUUGCCUUAUGGUCUUGCAAUUCACAAUGCAGGAAUGGCUAGGGCUGAUCGUCAACUUGUUGAGGAACUGUUUGCUGAUGGACACAUUCAAGUACUUGUUUCAACCGCUACUCUUGCAUGGGGUGUGAACUUGCCAGCCCACACUGUGAUUAUCAAAGGAACCCAGAUUUAUAAUCCAGAAAAAGGAGCCUGGACAGAGCUUAGUCCUCUAGAUGUCAUGCAGAUGUUAGGUCGUGCAGGGAGGCCACAGUUUGAUACUUAUGGUGAAGGAAUCAUUAUAACUGGACACAGUGAGCUGCAGUACUAUCUUUCCUUGAUGAAUCAACAGCUUCCUAUUGAAAGUCAAUUUGUGUCCAAAUUGGCUGAUCAGUUGAAUGCAGAAAUAGUCCUUGGAACCGUGCAGAAUGCAAAAGAAGCCCUCAAUUGGCUUGGUUACACUUAUUUAUACAUUCGUAUGGUGCGCAACCCUACACUUUAUGGUUUAUCAGCCGAUGCUCUGACAAGAGAUCUUUUACUUGUGGAUAGGAGAGCCGAUCUGGUCCAUUCUGCAGCUACAAUACUGGAUAAAAACAAUCUGGUGAAGUAUGAUAGAAAAAGUGGGUAUUUUCAGGUUACUGAUUUGGGUCGAAUCGCAAGUUACUACUACAUAACUCAUGGAACGAUUGCUACUUACAAUGAGCAUUUGAAGCCCACCAUGAGUGAUAUUGAGCUUUGCAGAUUAUUUUCACUGAGUGAGGAGUUCAAAUAUGUAACAGUAAGACAAGAUGAGAAGAUGGAACUUGCAAAGCUUUUGGACCGUGUUCCUAUUCCCAUCAAGGAAAGUUUGGAAGAACCCAGUGCAAAGAUCAAUGUCCUACUCCAGGCAUAUAUUUCUCAGUUAAAGCUUGAAGGACUUUCUUUGACAUCUGACAUGGUGUUCAUAACUCAGAGUGCGGGACGUCUUAUGCGUGCUCUUUUUGAGAUUGUAUUGAAAAGAGGGUGGGCCCAGUUAGCCGAGAAAGCCUUGAACUUGUGCAAAAUGAUUAACAAGAGGAUCUGGAGCGUACAAACCCCUUUACGUCAAUUUCACGGGAUUAAAAAUGACAUAUUGAUGAAACUGGAGAAGAAGGAUUUGGCAUGGGAAAGGUAUUAUGAUCUGUCAUCACAGGAGCUGGGAGAGCUUGUUCGAGCCCCUAAAUUGGGGAGAAAUCUUCACAAGUGCAUUCACCAAUUCCCAAAACUUAAUCUUGCAGCACAUGUUCAACCAAUCACCCGCACCAUCUUGAGGGUGGAACUCACUAUCACUCCAGAUUUUCAGUGGGAAGACAGGAUUCAUGGGUAUGUGGAGCCGUUUUGGGUGAUUGUAGAAGAUAAUGAUGGAGAAUACAUACUCCAUAAUGAGUAUUUCUUGUUGAAGAAACAAUACAUUGACGAGGACCACACUUUGAGUUUCACAGUCCCGAUUUAUGAACCUUUGCCACCUCAGUACUUUAUUAAGGUUGUCUCGGACAGAUGGCUUGGAUCCCUGUCUGUUUUGCCCGUUUCUUUCCGCCACCUAAUCUUACCGGAGAAGUACCCUCCACCAACGGAGCUGCUGGACUUGCAGCCACUUCCUGUGACUGCAUUGAGAAAUCCGUUAUACGAAGCACUUUAUCACGAAUUUAAACACUUUAACCCUGUCCAAACCCAAGUCUUCACAGUACUUUACAACACUGAUGACAAUGUGUUGGUUGCUGCUCCAACUGGCAGCGGGAAGACCAUAUGUGCAGAGUUUGCAGUUUUAAGGAACCAUCAGAAAGUUUCAGAGGGUGUCAUGCGUGCUGUUUACAUUGCUCCUGUCGAAGCACUUGCCAAGGAGCGUUAUAACGAAUGGAAAAAGAAAUUCGGAGAUGGUCUUGGGCUGAGGGUGUGUGAGUUGACUGGGGAAACAGCCACAGAUUUGAAGCUUCUUGAAAAAGGGCAGGUGAUAAUCAGCACUCCUGAUAGAUGGGAUGCUUUGUCUCGUAGAUGGAAGCAGCGAAAGCAUAUUCAGCAAGUAAGUCUUUUUAUUGUUGAUGAGUUGCAUUUGAUUGGGGGUCAAGGUGGGCCAGUGUUGGAGGUGAUUGUCUCUAGGAUGAGAUACAUUGCUAGUCAAGGUCAUAACAUUCGAAUAGUGGCACUAUCCACUUCACUUGCUAAUGCCAAAGAUUUAGGGGAAUGGAUUGGGGCCACAUCACAUGGUCUUUUCAAUUUCCCACCAGGUGUUAGACCUGUACCUUUGGAAAUCCAUAUUCAAGGUAUAGACAUAGCUAAUUUUGAAGCCAGAAUGCAGGCCAUGAGCAAGCCUACUUACACUGCUAUUGUCCAACAUGCCAAGAAUGGAAAACCAGCCAUCGUCUUUGUUCCCACAAGGAAACACGCGCGGUUAACAGCUGUGGAUCUGAUGACAUACUCGAGUGCUGAAAGUACAUAUGAGAAUGGAGAGAAGCCUUUGUUCUUACUUCAAUCUGAAAAUGAGAUAAGCCCAUUUAUUGAGAGGAUUAAAGAACCCAUGUUGAAGGAAACUCUGGUAUAUGGUGUUGGAUAUCUGCAUGAGGGUCUAACAACAACUGACCAAGAUAUAGUCAGGACACUGUUUGAAACUGGUUGUAUUCAGGUAUGUGUGAUGAGUGGUACCAUGUGUUGGGGGGUUUCUCUUCGUGCUCAUUUGGUGGUGGUUAUGGGAACACAGUACUAUGAUGGCCGGGAAAACGCACACACUGAUUAUCCAGUUACUGAUCUUCUUCAGAUGAUGGGCCAUGCAAGUCGGCCUCUUGUGGACAAUUCUGGUAAAUGUGUCAUUUUUUGUCAUGCACCACGUAAGGAAUACUACAAGAAGUUCUUAUUCGAAGCAUUCCCAGUUGAAAGCCAUCUGCAUCACCACCUACAUGAUAAUCUGAAUGCUGAGGUGGUUGUUGAAGUGAUUGCCAACAAGCAAGAUGCUGUUGAUUAUCUGACCUGGACAUUCAUGUACAGGAGGCUAACACAGAACCCGAAUUACUACAAUCUUCAAGGUGUGAGUCAAAGGCAUCUCUCGGAUCACCUGUCUGAACUUGUGGAGAACACUUUAAGCGAUUUGGAAGCGAGUAAAUGUGUUACGAUUGAAGAUGAUUAUGAUCUUUCCCCUUUGAAUCUUGGUAUGAUUGCUUCUUAUUAUUACAUCAGCUACACUACAAUAGAACGGUUCAGUUCUUCUUUGACCACCAAGACAAAGUUGAAGGGGCUUUUGGAGAUUCUGGCUUCUGCUUCAGAGUAUGAACAACUUCCGGUACGCCCUGGAGAAGAGGAAUUGAUACGCAGGUUGAUCCAUCAUCAGAGGUUUUCUUUUGAGAACCCGAAAUACGCGGACCCACACGUGAAGGCGAAUGCACUGCUUCAAGCUCACUUUGCUAGACAAACGGUUGGUGGGAAUCUGGGUUCUGACCAGCAAGAAGUGGUGCUAUCUGCAAGCAGGUUGCUUCAGGCCAUGGUUGAUGUUAUUUCAAGCAACGGAUGGCUUAGCUUGGCUCUUCUGGCCAUGGAAGUGAGCCAGAUGGUGACACAAGGCAUGUGGGAGAGAGACUCUGUUCUGUUACAGCUGCCUCAUUUUACAAAAGAUCUAGCCAAGAGAUGCCAAGAAAACCCUGGAAGGAGCAUCGAGACUGUGUUUGACUUGGUGGAAAUGGAGGACGAUGAGAGAAGGGAGCUCUUACAGAUGUCGGAUCCUCAGCUCAUGGAUAUCGCAAAGUUCUGCAACCGUUUUCCUAAUAUUGAUUUGUCGUAUGAUGUGGUGGAUGGUGACAACAUUAGGGCUGGAGAGGAGUUCACUAUGGUGGUGACUCUUGAAAGGGAUUUGGAGGGUAGGACCGAGGUGGGACCGGUGGAUGCCCCGAGGUAUCCGAAAGGGAAAGAGGAGGGGUGGUGGUUGGUGGUUGGUGACACAAAGAGCAACCAGUUGCUUGCAAUCAAGAGGGUUUCGUUGCAGAGGAAGGCCAAGGUGAAGCUUGAUAACAUCACUGCCCCGAGUGAUGCUUUAGGGAAGAAGAGCUUUACUCUGUAUUUCAUAGCAGAGCAGUCAGGUCUUAGGGGUUCUCUGGUGAAAUGGUAUUAUAGGAGGAGUGGGUGAAGGAUUCUGAUUCUUGUAUCUUUACUUACACUUGGGUGGCAGGAGGUUCUACUGAUAAUGUAGUUAGUUCAUAGUUGUAUUGACUGCUGAGACUAGCGUGUAACUGUCUUGUCAUAUUUUUUGUUGCUUCUUCAAAGCAUAAAACAUAAUUUAUGGUUUAGGAAUGAAAUGUUAUGACCUUACCUUACCUUAGUUUUGGGAUAAUGAUCUUUCUGGGUUUUUAGAACAGGCAGGUUGAGGUUGUAUUAUUAUCAAACUACAACAAUUUACUUUUAAAAUAUGUCAUGGAAUGGGAUUUUUCUUUAAAGAGUCAAA